AUGACCUCCAAUGAUCGUCGUGCUGCCAGCUACAACCUAGGCGGCGGUUCACGACCCCGCGUCGCUCCCAGUCGCGCUGCUGGUGAACACGAAUAUAGAUCAUCUCGACAAGGCGAAGACAACGCCAAAAUGGAAAAUUUGCGCGGAAGCACGUCAAGUGCAAGGGAGCUGCAUAGACAAUCCAGCAGUGCGAUGGACCGUCGAACGGAGCGAACUACUGUAACUUCGCGCGAAAAAGUUCAUGUCAAGACGCGCAAUCCAGUCAAGGAGUCUCCGAAUGCAGGCAAUCGCGGUGAAUUUGGGAGAUCACGAUCUAAAAAGACGGCUUCGCCGCCGAGGAGGAGGGAUAGAGAGGUUGCAGAUGUACCGUGGAUUCCUCAAGCUACUUUGAUCGCACACUCUGCUGCUCCUUUAGCAACUCGUAUCUCGGUCCCUCCACUUGCGUCGACAGCACCGCAAUCGCUCGAGCCUAUAUCGUUUAAAGAAUUGUCUAUGGAGGAACAAGAGAAUGCCAUCUUACAAGACAUAUUGUUUGUUUUUAUGGGCUACGAGGGCCAGCAUAUACGCUAUCAUUCAUCAUACGAUCCAUCCGUGGAAAAAGACAGAUUAGUCGGUCCGGCAUUUCAGAUUGGCCCUGGCUUAGAUCCAAGUUUGAAAGAUCUGACGAUAUCGAUGCUGAAAAUGGCGACCCAUUACAGCGCUUUGGAGGCCUUUAUCGAUGUGUUGAGUCGACCGGAAUAUGGAGCUGUCAGCCACGCUCUGUGCGCGGCUAUUCGAAAGCUUCUCAAAGAUUACCUGAUUCUCAUAGCGCAACUCGAGAAUCAGUUAUUGAACAACCCGAACUUCACGCUGCAUGUUCUCCACCUUCAGACCAUGCCCACAAGUCAAAGCCUAGCGCAACUGCAUUCACUUAGUCAAGAGCUGCUUAGGCGAAACAAGCUUCUGGAUCAAGAUCUGGACGAGUCGAUUGAUGAUUUUGACGACGUUGACAAUAUUCUUGAGCAGUUGAAAGAAGGCGGUGAUCUGGUACCUGGAAGUAUGUCUAGCAAGAAGAUCUGCAAAGGAGGGAACGUUCUGGGACUUUUGACAGAACGCCUGGCUACGUUUUCAGGAGAUCCCGCAACAAAAACACUACUACAGACACUGCUCCGAGAGGCUAGUAGACCGUAUAUGACGAUGCUGAAUGAAUGGCUACAUCAUGGCGAAAUCCGAGAUCCUCACGGUGAAUUUUUGAUCAAGGAGCAGAAAUGGAUCAAGAGAGAGAAACUUGAAGAAGAUUAUACCGAUGAGUAUUGGGAGAAGCGAUACACGAUUCGAGACAACGAGGUACCUCCACAGUUGGAAAGCGUGAGGGACAAAGUACUCCUCGCUGGAAAGUAUCUGAAUGUGGUUCGAGAAUGUGGAGGCGUGGACGUCAACAAGGCAGUCAAAGAUGUCCCCAAGACGUUUGAUGAUCCUCGAUUCCUAGACAACGUGAAUAGUGCUUAUGCAUACGCCAAUACGUCGCUGUUGAAUCUUCUCUUAUCCGAAAACUCGCUUACUACACGCUUCCGCUCAUUGAAACACUACUUCUUCCUCGAUCGGUCAGACUUUUUCUCUUAUUUUAUGGAACUCAGUGCCUCGGAGCUGCGUAAAGCUGCUAAAAACGUCAACGAAAGUAAACUUCAGUCUUUGCUAGAUCUAGUCCUCCGACAACCAGGAAGCAUUGCCGCAUCAGACCCGUUCAAAGAAGAUGUCAAAGUGAAAAUGAACAAGAUUGGCUUGACCAGAUGGCUGAUGCAGGUCGUCAGCGUUUCUGGUAUUGAUCAAGAUAAUCCGGACGGCGGACUUGAAAAAUACCAAACUCCAACCACGCAAUCAGCCGAAGACGAAAAAGACAUUAUCGGCUUCGAUGCUCUUGAACUCGAUUACCUUGUCCCCUUCCCACUAUCUCUCGUAAUCAGUCGAAAGACCGUACUACGCUAUCAGCUCAUUUUCCGUUACCUCCUUUCACUACGACACCUCGAACAUCUCCUCGUGACGUCCUGGCAAGACCAACAAAAGACCCUCGGUUGGCGCCACAAAUCCUCUGAUCGAAGACUGGAAAUGUGGAAACGAAGAGCAUGGACUCUACGAGCCAAAAUGCUGGUUUUUAUUCAACAGCUCCUAUAUUUCUGUACGGCUGAGGUGAUUGAGCCUAAUUGGCAGAGUUUGAUGGAACGCGUUAAUGGUACUGCUGCUAGUACUCAAAGCGGUGCAUUGCCGAUAGAUGAUCAUGCACUUGAUGGAUCGAAACAGGUUAAUCGAACAGUGGACGAAUUAAUGCAGGACCAUGUUGAUUUUUUGGAUACGUGUCUUAAGGAGUGUAUGCUUACUCAAGCUAAGCUCUUAAAGAUUCAUUCCAAACUAAUGACAUGCUGUACAAUGUUCGCCUCCUGGACCGCCGCCUCACUAGGUCGAAGUAUGUCCACCGCAGACCCAGAUUUGUCCGCCGGGGCCCCUGGAGCGCCAGCCGAUGCCCGUCCGUACGAUGCGACGCGAUUAGCCAAAUUGGAGGAUACACUGAAGCGAUAUGAGGACCACUUCAAUCGGCAUUUGCGGAUUUUGCUGGACAGUUUGAACUACUUCGCGGCCACGGAGAGUGUCGUCCUCCUCAAACUUGCACAUUCAUUGAGUUCUAUCGGGAAGGAUGAUGACGUAUGA